AUGGAGAGUCAAGAUAGUGGAGAUGAGCUCUAUCCCAUCGCCGUGCUGAUUGACGAACUCAAGCACGAUGAUGUCCUUCUCCGCCUCAACGCUAUCCACCGACUUUCUACCAUUGCAUUGGCCCUUGGCCCUGAACGAACAAGAGAGGAAUUGAUACCCUUUUUGGACGACUCCGUGGAAGAUGAAGAUGAAGUGCUUACCGCACUCGCUGAAGAGCUGGGAAACUUCAUCGAGUACGUCGGCGGCCCUGAAUAUGGUCACGUGCUCCUCGCGCCUCUGGAGAACUUGGCUGCCAUCGAGGAGCCAUUGGUGCGGGAUAAGGCCGUUGAAUCUCUAAACAAAAUCUGCAAUGACUUGUCAGAACGACAAGUCGAAGAAUACUUCAUCCCCCUCACGAUCCGCCUGUCGAAGGCCGAUUGGUUCACCUCGAAGAUUUCCGCGACCGGCUUGUACACAACACCCUACCGAAAAGCGUCCCAAUCUUCUCAACAAGUUCUGAGGGCUCAAUUUGGGCACCUUGUUCAUGAUGAGACACCCAUGGUGCGACGACAAGCCGCAAACAACCUGGCCAAGUUCGUGAAAGAGGUUCCCGUUCCAAUUGUGAUCGAGGAGAUGAUCCCUCUAUUUCAACAUUUAGCCAGCGAUGACCAAGACAGUGUUCGACUUCUGACUGUCGAAGUCCUCAUCUCCAUUGCAGAAGUCAUUCCCAAGGAGCAGCAACCGAGUCACGGUGUCUUGCUGACCGCAUUGAGGAGUUUAUUCGAGGACAAGAGCUGGAGAGUACGAUACAUGGUGGCAGAGAAAUUCGAGAAGAUUGCAAAGGCUGUCAAUGAGGAGGUUGUCACCCGAGAUCUCGUCCCGGCCUUCGUCAAGCUCCUCAAGGAUAGCGAGGCUGAAGUCAGGACCGCCAUCGCCAGCCAAAUCCCUGGCUUCUGCGGGCUCCUUGACCGAGAGACCCUCUUGAACGAAAUCAUGACAUCGAUCGAAGACCUUGUGUCUGAUCCUAACCAGCAUGUUCGAGCCGCCCUCGGAACCCAACUCAGUGGACUGGCUCCAAUUCUCGGCAAGGAAGAAACCAUCUCUCAUCUCCUCCCCAUGUUUCUGCAAAUGCUCAAGGACGAGUUCCCAGACGUGAGACUGCAUAUCAUCUCCAAACUUGAACUUGUCAACAAUGUGAUCGGUAUCGACUUGCUUUCUCAGUCUCUCCUGCCAGCCAUCGUCCAGCUUGCAGAAGACAAGCAAUGGCGUGUGCGCCUUGCAAUUAUUGAAUACAUUCCCUUGCUGGCGAAGCAAUUGGGCAUGAAAUUCUUCGACGAGCAGCUAAGUUCGCUGUGCAUGGGCUGGUUGGGCGACACUGUUUUCUCAAUUCGCGACGCUGCAACACAGAACCUGAAGAAGCUCACGGAAGUCUUUGGCGUGGAAUGGGCGAAUCGAAGCAUCAUCCCCAAAGUCACGGCCAUGAGCCAACAAGCAAAUUAUUUGUACAGGAUGACAACUUGCUUUGCCAUCACGAUCCUCGCACCAGUGAUAACUCUCGAUAUUAUAGCCGAAAGCGUCCUCCCCAUGAUGGACCGCCUCGUCACCGACCCAAUCCCCAACAUCCGGUUCAAUGUUGCCAAAUCCUACGCCGUCCUCAUCGAGACGCUCCGCCGGUUACCCGCCGAAGGGACACUGCAGCAAGGAGACCAAGAAUCCAAUUCCACGGCACAACCGAGUCCCAAGGCACAAGAAUUGAUUGCGCAAAUCAUGUCAAAUUUGGAGAAAUUGCAACAGGAUGAAGACGUGGAUGUGCGGUAUUUCGCCACUGUGGCGGCGGGUGGAACGAAUAAUGUGUAUGCUCAGCAGUCCGGGGAGAGGAUGGAUACCGGACAGUAG